UAAAAAAAAGAAAGGUAAGCCAAAUCUCAGGGGCAUCUGCAGAUAUUUCCUAACCGAGCAGAAAUAUAUAAAUUAAAUCUGGGAGAUAAAAGAAAAAAAAAAAAAAACCUAGAUGGCAAUGACAGAUGACGUGGGUCAUCGUACGGACGUCGAGAUGAUUGAAAUGGAGACCGUCACGGCAACUCAGCCGCAUCAGAACCAAAACGACGUUGCAAGAGAGCUACUCACAUUGGCUCGCCAGCUCAUUAAUCAAGGCAAGCCUUCUCAGGCGCUGCAGGCGGUGGUGAUGGCCAUGAGAACCAAAGGAGGGGAGGAAGCUGUAUUUCAGUCUCUUCACCGAGCUCGUGAAUUGUACAUAAGAAGAAUGCAAGAAAACACAGCUGUAGAUCAGCUGGCAGCCAUAUUUGCCGAGUGUGUGAUUGCUGAAGCACAGCCUUUAAAUGUUGAACCAACACCACCAUGUACUGUUGUUUCUCCAUCAGUUGCUGCUGAUGCUGAUGGAACUUCGAUACUUGCUGAAACUGGUCGAAUGCAAAUUGUGUUGGAUGCAUUUUCAGAUGGAAGUAGCUUUAUCUGUUUGCAAUGUGGAGGUCUUGUUAGUAACCAUCGCAAAGAUGAGCACUAUGCUUACUGGUGUUGCAAACUCUGAUGCAGAGGUAUGUGGAAUGGAUAAUUGCUUCAAAUUGAUGUAGUGCCUCUCUUGAAUAUUAUUACCAUACCUGUUGUUCUACCUGUAUUGCCAUUGACUGAUAUACUUCCAUUGCACACUAUUGUCAAAUAUGCUGUAUCUGGUUACCCUAAGAUGAUACUUAGAAAUUAGAGGCUGCACAAGCCCAAAGGGAAGAGGAUAGUAAAAACUUAUGCCCGUCCCGUAUUAGAGUAUUUCAGAGUCUUGUAUUCUUGCAGUAACUAUCAUUAUAAUAAAACUAUGUAUACACAAUUGAGUAUAUAACUAAUGAUGACACAUUGAAUCACAUGAAGACUUAUUAGCUAUGUACUCAAAAGUGUGUAUGCAUAACAUUGGUCUUGUUAUUA